UUUAUUUUUAACAACACAUGUUCAUAGUUACAUUCUUCUGUCUCUUACUGACAUUUAUCAUCUGCAUUAUAACUUGGCAACAGGAGAUGAGUUUGGUAAGUUUACUGACCGACGUCACCAGCUGCACAGAUUUACGUUAAAACUUCGGGGUUGUGGAUCAUUUCUUUCCGCUGUCAGCUCCAUCACAAUGCGUCAAGUUUCACUGGUUCUGGUGCUGCGACACCCUGUGAUAAUAACGUUUAUUAUUAUUAUUAUAAGUUACUUUGAGUUUGCUACCGCGUCCUGCCUCUGCAGCGCACCGGGCAGUCAGCUGAUGUUUUAGUGAAAACGGGUCUCGUUGCUUCAUGGCUCGUUUAGUUUGUCACGACAGAACAUGCAGUAAAUGUACCUUUGUGUUCCUAUGGUUACCUUGGCAUUACUGUCAGAUUAUUAUAAGUGAUUGCAUGUUUUCCUAAUAUUGUGCUACAAACUGAGGGAUUUUUGUCAGUAAUGAAACUCAGCUGUUCAUCUGUUUCUACAGGGACAAGAGGAAGAAGAAGAAGGAGCAUGGACCCUCCUCCAACUCUCAGACUGGUUCUUGUUGGGAAGACUGGGUCAGGGAAGAGCUCCAGUGGGAACACCAUCCUGGGCAGAGACGCCUUCGUAGCCGCAGUCAGUCAGUCCUCAGUCACCAGGCAGUGCUGUAAGCAGGAAGGCGAAGUGUUUGACAGAACAGUGACCAUCGUCGACACGCCGGGUGUCUUUGACACGUCGUUCUCCGAACACGCCAUCAAGAGAGAGAUCUCCAAGUGCAUCAACAUGUCGGCCCCGGGGCCCCACGCCAUCCUGCUGGUCAUCAAGGUGGGGCCCUUCACCGAUGAGGAGCAGGACGCGGUGAGGCAGGUGGAGGAGAUCUUUGGGGCAGACGCCUGGAGGUACACCAUGAUCCUGUUCACCCGGGAGGAUGAAGCUGCUGAAGAAGUGAAGCUGCAGCUGCAGGAGUGCGGCCCCAAGCUGCAGAGCGUCCUGCAGAGGGUCAACAACCGAUACCUGCUGCUCAACAACCGCAGGGCCCACGACCGCAGCCAGGUGCUGGCGCUGCUGGAGGAGGUGGACAGGAUGGUGUCCGAGAACGGAGGAGAGUUCUACUCCAACUACACCUACCUGGAGGUGGUGGAGAUGCUGCGGCGCAGAGAGGAGGAGCUCAGAGCGUUCUACCAGAAGCAGGUGGAGGAGCAGACCAGAGCCGUGGAACUGAAAUAUGAACAGCUGCUGACUGCUGCUCAGCCUGAAGGGCCCGACCUGAAGAGGAGACGCCAGGCUGAGAUACAGGAAGUUCAGCGUUACUAUGGCAACUUGCAGCGGAGCGCGCGCCAUGUUGUAGAGCAGAGCACAAAGCAGGAUUCAAUGGAGGACAUUGUCCAGUUCUCCAUGACGCUGAAAGUGAAGGCCAGCUCCUAAAGACCCAGAAGUCCCUGUUUUCAUUACCCAGCAUGCAUCAGCAUCAGGAUGAACAGUCCAGCCUGGAGGUUCUGGUCCGCACUGAUGUUCGUUCACUCAGGCUCCUCUGAGAAACCACUGCGGUCCAGUCAAAGUCCUUCCUGCUGAAAGGUUUCAGCAGCAGCCUGAAGGUUCCUGAAGGAACUAAAACCUUCUGCUACAACAACCAGUUUCUGCCCACAUGGGGAUUUUUCCUCCCUGAACUGGCAACCAGUCAUUUCAUUGUUGGACUUUGCUGUAACUUAGUCUAAUAGAUAAUAUUUAUCUAUUGUUUAUUCAUAAAAACAUUAACAAGCAAAAGUUGAUCAUUGAUGAAAGUUGUUGUGAAUGUCAGAGUGAUAAUGAGCUGAGCUCUAAACCUGCAGCAGUUCACUGAAGUCAUCAGAACCAGAACCUUUUCUGCUUCGGACCUGAAGGAGGAACGCUGCCGACCUCAACAGAAACGCCUCUGACCCGCUGAAGCUCCUCUCACUGAGAACGGACUGAUGGUCAACAGAUUGUCUGGGAUUUUUCAACUGUUUUAGGGUCACGUUGAUGCACUGAAUCCAAAAAUCCCCUUUGGUUUUGUUCAAUCAGGUGAACUUUGUGAACUGAGCUCCACAUUAGUUUGGGACGCUGGAUGACGUCACGACGGCCGGUUGGACUCUGCAGGGAGCUGCUAAAGAAACAGAAGUUCAUGACCUGAAAUUUACUCAAUGAAGACGUGAUGUUCAGUUUACAUGUAGUUACCCUGAACCAGUGUUUAUUACUCGGUUUGCAGAAAUCUAAGUUUCAUUAAUACACUCUGUUAGAAAACUAUUUUUGUUCUCCUAAAACCUUCUUUGGAUGAGAAAUGAACUGAUGACGUCACAAAAAUGUUAUUAAUUUAGUCAUAAGAUCAGAUUUCUCUAAAUCAAAUUAGAAUAAAACCUGUGAAAAAUGGGUGUGAUUUUUGGAUUCAGUGGUGCAAAACAAUCCUAAACCAGUUGAAAAAACAUAGAAAACUUCCUAAAACAAUUUUUUUAACCCAGUAUUAUUAUAAUGAUGCAGGAUGAAACAUUUUAAAAAUGUUUCAUAUGAUUUUUAACAGUGUCUUUUUGACAGUAAAUUGAAUAAACAGUUUUAUAAAUCUGA